AAUAUCCGAUUAUGUUUGAAUAACCGGCAUAUAGGCGUGGCACGUGUAAUUUUGGCGGGUGUUCUGGUGCAGAAAUUGAGGCUGAAAACACUGAAUAGUAGGGAGGUCCGCCUAAAGCUACAACUCAGUCAACUCUCCCAUAAGGAAUAAAAAUGUUAGGAGGAGAAGAAGAAGAAGAGCUAUUAUUUCAAACGAGCAGCAAGAAGAAGCGGGUCCCAAGGAUUAUUGAUGAUGAUGAUGAUGAAAUGGAGGUAUCAAGAGUAACGACUGCUAAAAGAUCAAAUAAUAAACGAAAGUCGUCAGGAACAGGAGCAUCCUCUAAUUUAUCGGGAGGGAACUCCACAAAUAAAUCAUCCAAAAUACAGUCAAGUUCUACCAGCGGAAGGCAGCUGGGUAUCGGUAGCUUUUUUAAUAAAGAUCCACAGAAACGAUCUAAAGUAGAAGAAGAGAAAGAAGAAGUAUCUUCAGCCAUUGCACCAACUGGAGAGGAAGAGAGAGAGGAAGAGGAGGGGAAAGAGAAAGAAGCUAAGAAAGCAAAGACGAGUGAGACUGGCUCUUCAUCAAAUGGUACAUCAGCAGCCACCAAUGGAAAUAAUAAGUCACAUGACUUAAGGCCACAUGACGAUAUUCCCGCUAACAAGACUAGUGAAGCUCCUCAGUCAUCAAAGCCACCCUGUACCUAUUGUAAGAGAAGUAGUGAUGAUCCAAGAUUGAAGAUAUUUAUUGGUGAUCCACCUAAUGCUAAUGAUGAGUUUAUUACACUGGCCGAUCCUAGUCUAUCAGUUCUGAGUGCUGAUCAAGAGAGUGCACUGGAUGAUGUGCCUCAGCACAAGAUAACUGGAUUCAGUGUUUAUGAUAAGAACCAUCACCUCUGUCAUUUUGAUACUGGAUUGGUAGAGAAGAAUGUCGAGCUGUUCUUCAGUGGUUGGGUCAAACCCAUAUAUGAUGAGAACCCUGAUCCUUCUGAUGGUAUACCUACGAGACAGCUUGGUCCUAUUAACUCAUGGUGGAUUGCUGGAUUUGAUGGAGGAGAGAAAGCACUUGUGGGUUUUUCUACAGCAUAUGCUGAGUACAUACUGAUGGAUGCUUCUGAUGAUUAUGCUGAGAUCAUGGCGUCAGUACAGGAAAAGAUAUAUCUAAGCAAGAUUCUUAUUGAGUACUUGGAGGAAUUCCCAGCUGCUACGUAUGAGGAUUUAUUGAAUAAGAUUCAAACGUCAGUUCCUCCUCAAUCCAUCGGUUGCACUUCAUUCACUGAAGAUUCCUUACUGAGACAUGCACAGUUCAUAGUGGAACAGGUUGAGAGUUAUGAUCAGUACUGCGAUGAGGAUGAAGAUCUCUUGCUAGUGUCUCCAUGCAUGAGAGCAUUAAUAAAACUAGCUGGAGUCACACUGGGGAAGAGACUAUCAAGCCGACGUCCACACCAACCUAAAGUCAAAAAGACCAAGCAAACAAAAGCGACAACCACUCCUCUAGUAAGAGAUAUCUUUGAGACGUUCUUCAAGAAUCAGAUUGAUAACAAGUCCAGCUCCGCCCCUCGUAGGAGGAGGUGUGGCGUCUGUGAGACGUGCCAGCAGCCGGACUGUGGCAAGUGCAAUGCUUGUGCUGACAUGAUCAAGUUUGGAGGAACUGGAAGAUCAAAGCAAGCCUGUGUUAACAGAAGAUGCCCAUAUAUGGCAGUACAGACGGCCGAAGAAGAGGAAGAUAACGAUGCAGCUGAUCCUGACUUGAAGAAUGUGAAAGACUUAAAGUCUCCGUCAAAGAAGAUAAAGAAAAUAAAGACAAAGGUCGAGUGGAUUGGUGAGCCUGAUUUUGUUGAAGGAGGCAAAAGCUACUACACUGAAGUCCUCAUUAACAACAAAGAGAAGGUCUGUUUAUAUGAUGUAGUUUCAGUCUGUCCAGAAGUACCUGAUGAUCCACUCUACCUCACACGAAUCAUGUCAAUGUAUGAGGACUCAAACGGAAAGAAAAUGUUUCACGGAUGGUGGUUUCAUCGAUCAACCGAUACGGUAUUAGGCGAGACUGGAGAUCCACGGGAGCUGUUCCUUAUUGACGAUUGUGAGGAUAAUCCUCUUGGGGCUAUCAUGGAUAAAGUGGAGGUUGAGUAUAAGCCUCCGGUGAGUAACUGGUUCAUGUGUGGUGGGGAGGAAGUAUCUGAUGAUGAAAAAGAGAUUGAGGAAGACGGGAAGACAUUUUUCGUUCAGAAGUACUACGACCAGUCUUUGGCACGUUUUGAAGACAUUCCGAGCGAAUACAUAAGAUACCUGAUAUCAGACGAUGCCCACCCACCCACUGAUGGUUUCAUACCUCAGUGUGCCUCUUGUGAGAGAAGAAAUCACAUGAAAACUGUACAUUCUGCAGUUCCUAUCAAUAAGAUAGAGUCAGAGAAACCAAAGAUCACAAACUACAGCUCAUUCCAGUUAAAUGAAGAGUCUUAUUCCAUUGGUGAUUGUGUCUAUCUCUCUCCUCAUACAUAUUCAUUUCCUAAUGUUAAGAAAACCAGUGGAACUGCUGCCAAUAAGAAACAGAAGAAGGAAGAGGAAGAGUUUGAUGAGUCUGAAUAUCCUGAGAAGUAUCGGAAGGUUUCUGAUUACGUCAAAGGCAGUAACAUUGACUCUCCUAGUCCGUUUCAAAUUGGUCAAGUAUUAGAGAUAUUUUCUAAAUCAUUGGGAGGUAAACUAAUCGAUAAUAAUAAGAUUGUUCACAUUAAACUGAGAAUGUACUACAGGCCACAGGACACACACAAAGGAGAUGAAGCUACUGCACAGUAUGACCUCAAUUUACUCUAUUGGAGUGAUUUAGUGACUACAGUAGUUGCUGGUGAUGUUGUUUGUGGAAAGUGUUUUGUGAAAUUCAAGGAAGACAUUACCGAAGACAUUGACUCAUACUUCUCCAACAAGCCAAACCACUUUUACUUUGUAGAGGCUUAUUGUGCUGAUACUAAGGAGUUUGAAGACCCUCCAGUACAUGCAAUGAACAAAGGGAAAGGAAAGGGUGUAUCAAAGGGUAAAGGUAAAGGUAAAGGACCUGCUAAAGGAUCAAAGGAAAGCAUCGCCACCACCAGCACUGAUGAUGAUAAGAAAGAUGAGAUCACUCCUGAUAGUAGCUUUAAGAAACUGAGAAUGCUUGAUGUGUUUGCUGGCUGUGGAGGAUUAUCUGAAGGUUUUCAUCAAGCCGGAGUAGCUGAUUCAUGUUGGGCAGUUGAGAUUGAUGAGCCAGCUGCUCAAGCUUUCAGACUUAACAACAGCCAAACAACAGUAUUCACUGACGACUGUAAUAUACUGCUUAGUUUAGUAAUGGAGGGUGCUAAAACUAAUUCCAGAGGUCAGUUGUUGCCUCAGAAAGGUGAUGUUGAGUUGUUGUGUGGUGGACCUCCUUGUCAGGGAUUCAGUGGAAUGAACAGAUUUAAUUCAAGAGAAUAUUCUCAAUUUAAGAAUUCGCUUGUCAUCUCUUAUUUGAGUUUUUGUGAGUAUUAUCGCCCUCGUUUCUUUUUACUUGAAAAUGUCCGUAAUUUUGUGUCCUUCAAAAAGAGCAUGGUACUUAAACUAACACUGCGCUGUCUAGUGAAGAUGGGCUAUCAGUGUACGUUUGGUGUCUUGCAAGCUGGUCAAUAUGGUGUACCUCAGACAAGAAGAAGAGCUAUUAUACUUGCAGCUGCCCCAGGAGAAAAGCUCCCUCACUUUCCCAACCCAACUCAUGUCUUCAGUCCAAGGGCCUGUCAGUUAACUGUAGUGGUCAAUGAUAUUAAGUAUGAGGGGAGUAUAAGAAUGGACUCAGCUCCCUACAGGACAAUUACUGUCAGAGACUCUAUGUCAGACCUGCCUCACAUUAAGAAUGGAUCAGCUGUACGCUCCAUGAAUUAUAAUGGAGAGCCACACUGUCACUAUCAGAGACUGAUGCGUGGUAAUCAGCACCAGCCAGUGUUGUAUGAUCACAUAUGCAAAGAGAUGAAUCCAUUGGUUGCUGCUCGUAUGAGGUUCAUACCAAUUGGGCCUGGAUCAGACUGGAGGGACCUUCCUAAUAAAUGUAUUAGACUCUCUGAUGGAACUACUGCACCCAAACUUCAAUAUACUCAUCAUGAUAAAAAGAAUGGGAGAGCUAAGAAUAAGUCAUUAAGAGGUGUCUGUCCUUGUGCUACUGGUCAACCUUGUGAUUCCUCUUACAGGCAGUAUGGAACCCUUAUACCAUGGUGCUUACCACAUACAGGUAACAGACACAAUCAUUGGGCUGGUCUCUAUGGAAGGUUAGAGUGGGACGGCUUCUUCAGUACAACUGUUACUAAUCCUGAGCCAAUGGGGAAGCAAGGUCGUGUCCUUCAUCCAGAGCAGCAUCGUGUGGUGAGUGUGAGGGAGUGUGCUAGGUCACAGGGUUUCCCUGAUACUUUCCGUUUCUUUGGAACAAUACUUGAUAAGCACAGACAGGUUGGUAAUGCAGUACCACCUCCAUUGGCCAAAGCAAUCGGUUUAGAAAUAAAGAGGUCAGUGGAGAAGAAAGAUAAAUAACAUUAGGAACUAUCCAUCACUGCUUUUUACGGAAUACAUUUAAAUUAAUUAAUUCUAUAGCUAUAAUUAUCACUAAUUAUUAUUUAACUUUUAAAAAACCUAUUUUUCUGUGACUGAU